AUGGCAAAUGACCCAAUCCCAUCGACGUCAACGGUGCCGCCGCCAAAUGACAUGGAAAUUUACGUGAGAGAAGCCUCGGAGGGCAGUAAAAGCGGCAUCGAUGAUGAUGGGGAAAAUGUGCCCGAAGCCCGCGAAGUCAUGGAAUUCGAGGAGGACGCUAUUAUGACGAUGAUUAAGGAGCACAAGCGGCAUUUAGAGCUCUUCAAAUUUGAUACGGCCCGAGAUACUGUCGAAAAUUUUCGGGUUCGACUCUCGAAAAUGCCGCAAUAUGGCAAAGAUACUUGGGCGGCUGUUUGUAAUUGUAUAGCGCAGGUAACAAUGGCCGAUAAAAAUUACUACCAUCUGACGUUUCUAACACCAAAACUAUUUUUCCGGAAAGAAGAUAGCCUACAGAAAAGCUAUACGCAAAUGACAAAUGACUUUAAAAAUCUUGCUACUGUCGCUCCAGAGGGCGGGGAUUGCCAGCGAAUUUUAUUCCAGUUACAUCAAUAUGUCAAAGUUCGAUCACAAAUGAUAAAGUUUUAUAUACAUUUGGCAAAUAAUGCCGAUCGCGAUUGGGAGGAUAUUACGCGAAAUAGUGAGGAUCUUUUGGAGAAGUCUGACAGCGGUUUGCACUCGGUAUAUUUCUGCGAAGUGGAGCUCCUCGUUAUGAUGCUGCGUUUUCAAUGCUAUAUUAUUGACGGCAACUUAGCCAAAUGCAUAAUGUUGACCAAACAAAUCACUGACAAAUUUGUGGAUUGGAUUGGAGGGGGGAAAGAUCAGUUAUCAGCCUCGUUAGCCGUUUCAAAAUCGAAGAAAAAGGUUGAGAAAUAUAUUACAAAGUUUCGAUUAGUUAAUUGGUUGCUAUAUUUCUUCGACCAUUUGCAUGCUAAAUUCUCUCUCUACUAUUUGGACUCAAUGGGGCCGUAUUUGAAUCCGAUGGAUAUGGAAAAUAUGCUAACCAAACCGCACACGUCUGCUACUCAACCAUGGUAUUUAUCGAUGUGUCGCGAUUACCUUGCAAAACGAACUGAAGAAGACUUCUUAUAUAUUAUAAUGGAUCGAAGCGAUCGUGAUGGUCCUUUUUACGGAUUCAAAUUCGUCCAAACUGAAAACCGAUUUACGAACUCGAUGAAUUACAUGGAACCUAUACGUGGUCACGCCGAACAAUACCCAAUUCUCCUAAAAAUCAGCAAGGUUUUCAUGGUCGAAUCUAAUACACAUCCGCAGAUCCACAAGCAUGACCCAAUUUAUGAAGAACUCGACAAUUUGCUACCAAGGACAAAUAAAAAAUUCCAUGAAAACCCGAAGCACAAUAGGGCAUAUUACUGUGAGCGGCUAGAAGAGGAUAUCUACGGUAUUUUUGCGGCUGUCGGCGUGAGGGGAAAAGCGGAAAGCAGCGUCCUUGAUUUCUUGAAUGAACUUGGACUGUUUGUCAGGGGGCAUCGGAUUUUCCAGACUCUAAAAAACUGCCCUCAA